UGCGUUCGUCCUACAUUAUGCAGUCUCCGUCUUCUCAUUCGAAUCAACUCAGCAACACAAAUGAGGAAUCGCACUGUGCAGGCAUGUGUAGCUGCUGUUGCAUGCUUCAUUUUACUCUUCAUCUUAAGCCCAUCCAUUCCUCAGCCUCAGCAGUACCAUGAUUUCGCCGACAACCGCAAACUAUUUGGCCUUCCCAAUGCGCUAAACGUGAUAUCGAAUUUCCCGUUCGUGGUUGUUGGUCUCAUUGGCCUUGUGCUUUGCAAUCGUAGGAACUAUUUUAACAUUAGUUUGCAGGGUGAACUGUGGGGUUGGACAUGCUUUUAUGCUGGUGUGGUUUCAGUUACUUUUGGGUCUUCAUACUAUCAUCUCGACCCCAAUGAUGCACGCCUUGUGUGGGACAGGAUGCCGAUGACUGUUGCUUUCGCGUCACUGAUGGCAAUCCUCAUCAUUGAAAGGAUUGAUGCAAAGAAGGGAUCAAUUUCAAUUGUACCUCUACUUAUGGCGGGUAUAGUGAGCAGUGUGUAUUGGAGGUUCUUUGGAGACAUCCGUUUGUAUGUUCUGGCCCAAAGUGCCUCAUGCAUUGCCAUACCUCUCAUGGCUAUUUUGUUGCCUCCAGUUUACACGCAUUCAGCAUAUUGGCUCUGGGCUUCUGGAUUUUAUCUUCUAGCUAUGCUGCAAGAGGCUACUGAUAAAUUGAUUUAUAAAUUGACUUAUCAUAUUGUCAGUGGUCACACACUUAAGCAUCUGUCUGCUGCAAUGGUUCCUAUCGUGUUAACAGUCAUGCUUGCAAAGAGGAGUGUUUACCUGGGGAGGCUUUUGCAUGUAUGCAACACUCUGCUCCUUCAACUUUUUGAAUUAACUACUCCACACAUUUGAGCUAUGUGCCAAGAUUCUGGCCUGAAAUUUCAGUUCAACGACUGUGGACGUGUGCCACAUAGAAUAAGUUGGCAUAACUGUCCAGGUUAUGGAUAUGUUAUGAAUGAUUCCCCUUUCUCAUAAUAAAACUUGGUGGAGAUUUUUUCUGUAAUUAAAAUAAUUGUAGUCCCAUUUUCUUGAGGCAAAUUGCUACCUUUUUGCAGGUAAAGCAUUCUGCAUCUUUUUUGUGCAUGCAAGGAUAUCCCACAACUGACAGCACAUUCUGCAUUUUUUCCUUCUUUUUAUUGUUUCUUUUACCUAACUAAAUUUUUUCACUUUAUCGAUAUUAUAAAAUUUGAAUUAUUAACUAACUAAUUAUGGAAACCUGACCUGAGUUGUGCAUUUGGUAGUUCCUUUGUCGUUGUCAUCGUUAUCUAUCCCCAUCCUUUUGCAUGGGGAUGAUUCAUUUACAUCAUCCUAUAAUGACUAGAAUCUUGAUCUCAUGCGGUUGAUGUGGUCUGAAUGCAGGCAAAGUCCGCUUAACACGUACAGCAUUGCCCAGACUCAGGUCAAAGAAAGCAUUCGAUCUUAAUGUGCAGGUUGUGUAGUCUCAGUAACGAUCCUUUCUCUCCAGCUAGAAGAAAAUCUUGAAAGGCUAAGCUACUAAGGUUAGGUUAGUGGAAUUGAGAUUAGGUAGUUUGUAAGAUAUUUUAUGUUCAAACUUAUGUGCUUUAGUUGUACCAAAACAGAAAAAGGAAGGUGGAAGGGACAAAUCACACCCUAU